AUGGAAACUGAGGAGUUGGAAAUGCAGUUAAUUGACUUUCAGGCCUCAUCAUUGUGGUCAGCUAAAUUUAAGGAUCUUCGAGAAAUAUUGGAAACUAGUACGAAUGAUCAUGCAGCCUCCAUAUUAAGUUCCUGGACAUCACUGCCUGAUAAACUCAAUUGCAUGAAGAAAGUAGCUUUUGCAUUGCUAUCAGCAUUUGGAUCUACAUAUCAGUGCGAGCAGAUAUUUUCACACAUGAAGCACAUCCUCAAUCCCCAUCGCAGCAACCUUACAACGGAUCAUUCUGAGGGUUGUGUAAAGCUCAAGGUGUCCAGAUAUUCACCUGAAAUUUCAACUUUGGCCAAAGGGAAGCAAGGGCAAGGAUCGCAUUAA